GCCUGAUGCCCUGGGUAAAUAUUUCACAAUGUUUUAUUUCUGCGUUUCCCUUGUGUUGCCUUUAAUCGGAGCAUCGAUCGCGUCGCCGCUGAAGAAUCUUGACAAACGUGACCUGCCCUCUUUCGUCCGUCAAUAUGCGCCGGUGGCAUACCUUGACUCCACAGAGAUCUACUUCCCCAGCUCCAUCGCCGGUCAGGCAACGCACACACAUCCUGAAGAUGGCUCAGGGAACAACAUCGCCGGUGCUCCGUCGCCCCUGACCCUCGACAAUCUCAAUAGUCUCAACAACUUCGCCUCCUCUGGUACCAACGUUUACCUCACAUCAGACGAAGGAAUUGAGGCUCUCCCGUCUUGGCUUCGCGGUGUUGAGCCUGAUUCCUCCGGCUCGACAGGCUCCACCAUUGCGAGCCUGAUCAUCACCGUCUCCAAACCGAACAACAUCCUCGAUGCAUUCUACUUCUAUUUCUACGCCUACAACCAGGGAAACUGGGUUCUGGGCCUACCCGCUCUCGAAUUUGGCGAUCACGUCGGUGACUGGGAGCAUACCAUGGUCCGCUUCGUCAACGGCGCGCCCACGGCAAUGUGGUUCAGCCAGCAUAGUUCCGGGGAGGCGUUCACCUAUUCCGCCGUGCAGAAGUACAACAACGGCGAUAGACCCGUAGUAUACGUCGCGAACGGCACUCACGCGAACUACGCAAUCCCCGGGACCCACGACCACACCAUCCCCGGGCUCAACUUGCUCGCGGGGCCCUUGGAGGACCACACCGACGCCGGCGUGUUCUGGGACCCCUUGGUCAACGCCUACACCUACAGCUACGACAACACGACCGGCGUCUUCACCGCGUACAACGGGCAAGAUCCAACCGGCUACUUGGACUUUGCGGGCCGCUGGGGCGACAAUCAACUCCCGGACAGCACGUCCGGUCAAAUUGACGUGUUUGGCGAGCGCAAGUACGUCGCUGGCCCCACGGGACCCCGGGAUAAAGACCUGGGAAGGUCAAACGUCUGUCCUACCAGCCAGAGCUGUUCUGUCUCGAGCAUCUUGCUUCCUUAAGAAGGGGGUUUGCUCUUUUGCAGCCUCUUGUUUUUGGGUACAAGGACUGGGGAUGAUUUACAGAGACGCCGUCUAAUGCGGGGAGUUUUACAGGAGCAGGAGCAAGAGCCAAGACCGAGACAGACGUCGUCGGAUCCGUUUUCGUCGCGUUUCCAUUACUUUGGUUCUUUUCUUGGUCGCAGAUUGAGAAAGGUGUCUGCGCGGCCAAUCGGUUUGUCGCUGUCGGUGACUUAACCUUUUUAUUUACGAGCUAUUGGGAGAUCUGUUGAUUAUAGAGCAUGAUAGAGAUAUAAUAGGCUGCGUAAUGUACACUUACUGGAUAUGAAUAUUUCU